AUGCGCAUUUCGGUGUCCGUAGCACAGUCAGAUGUGCAGAUCUCACAGGAUUUCAUCACCCUCGAAGUCAUUGAAGACAUGUCCUUAGACACUGUGAAGGGGUUCAUCGAAGACGAAAUUAGAAUACCACCGCAGGCCCAACACUUCAUUCACAAUGGGCAACCAGUCUUGAACACAUCACAGGCGCUUACUGCCAUAGGCAUAACUGAAGGAGAUGUGCUGAGCCUUAUCAUCAGAACGGUAGCUCCACAGCCGCAAGACAGAUCACAGAACAACCAACGCGCAGGAGGACAACGACGGCCAGCGCAAGCAAACGCAAUGCCUGACUCAGAAACCCUGAGAUUACAAAUACUGAACGAUCAAGGACUAUUAGCACAGGUACGAGAAAGAGAUUCCGAGUUGGCAAGCGCCGUGAACGAUUCAGGUCGAUUCAGAGAAGUCUUUCAACGACGGCAGGAGGCGCAAGCAGAUCAGCAAAGAGACAAGGAGGAAAUGAUGGCUUUGUUGGAUGCAGACCCCUUCAAUGCAGAUGCCCAAACGAAGAUCGAGGAGAUCAUCCGGCAAGAAAGAGUGAUGGAGAACAUGAGAAAAGCCCUUGAAGAAAACCCAGAGUCUUUUGGCAGAGUUGUGAUGCUCUACAUCGACGUCACUGUCAACAACACUCCCAUUAAGGCUUUUGUCGAUUCAGGAGCUCAGACCACAAUCAUGAGUCCUGAAGCUGCAGAAAAGUGUGGCAUUAUGAGACUGAUAGAUCGAAGAUAUGGUGGUAUUGCUAGGGGCGUCGGAACUGCAAAGAUUCUGGGCCGAGUUCAUUCAGCUGAUAUCCAAAUUGGUCAAUACAACCUGGCCAGUAGUUUUACCGUGAUGGAAGGCAAAGGAGUGGAUCUACUGUUAGGCCUAGAUAUGCUCAAACGACAUCAGAUGCUCAUCGACCUCAAGGACAAUGUUUUGCGAAUACAGAGCGAUGCCAUUCCUUUCUUGUCCGAGAACGAAACACCGAAAGGAUUGGACGAAGCAAUGGACGAAGAACCCACAGUCAAGGGCCCGGGCAAUACCGAAAUUGGAGCAAAGACUGGCACAGUCAAGCCUGCGGGUGAGUCUUCCUCUGCUCCGGCAGCUCAGUCGUCUGCGUCAGGUCCCUCAGGAAUCAGGAUACAUCCUCAAGGGUCAGCAGGAAACGUCUUCAGCAAUCCUCAACGGCCACAGUCACAGCCUCGCGCACAACCACAAACACAAACACAACAAGCUAUACGCCCUAAUACCAAUGCCCUUCCAGCAGGCGUGACGGAACAGUCAGUAGCACAGAUCACAGAUCUUGGGUUUCCAAGGCAGGAGGCUGUGAUGGCUUUGCAGCAGGCUGGUGGCAAUGUUGAGCUGGCGAUUAGCUUACUCCUCUAG